AUGUCUACUCUUCCCCGCACACUAAGGAACUUACGCAAGGUUGGCAUCAAGGAUUACUUCCGCCAAAUGCUGUAUAUCGGCGAUACCAAAUAUGGCAGACUGGUAGGCACUGACCGCGCCGGCAACAAAUUCUUCGAAAAUAUGGAGGAGCUACCCCUGCGCACCCGCUGGGUAGAGUAUGCCAAGCACGACUAUGACGCUUCUCACAUCGAACCCGGUUGGCAUGCGUGGAUAUCCUAUGCUCUAGAUAAACCUCCAACUGAGGACGCACUAAUUGCCACGGGGCUAAGGAAGUUUGAGAAGCCGUACCCUAUUCCAAACUAUACGCAGUCGCGGGGUGCUUUCAAGACAUACAGCACGACCAAGCCCAAGAUUUCUGAGUGGGAGCCCCUCGCUGUGCAGAGGACAUGA